GAAAAUAAUGCCGGUGGAGGAAAUCCUCACUAUAGAUAUCAAGCCUGGCUGGAAAAAAGGGACGAAGAUCACAUUCCCUGAGAAGGGAAAUGAAGCCCCAAAUAUGAUUCCGGCAGACAUAGUAUUUAUCAUUGAUGAGAAGCCCCAUGAUGUGUUUACGAGGGAGGGUAACGAUCUCGUCAUAACACAAAAGAUCUCCCUCGUUGAAGCAUUAACCGGAUACAUUGUUCUUUUGACGACAUUGGAUGGCCGUAGCCUCACCAUCCCAAUAAACUCUAUAAUCCAUCCUGGCUAUGAGGAGGUGGUGCCCAAGGAGGGGAUGCCCAUUCCCAAGGACCCAACCAAGAAGGGUAACCUAAGGAUUAAGUUCAGCAUCAAAUUUCCUUCCAGGCUCACUUCAGACCAGAAAACAGGAAUUAAGAAGUUGCUAGCUCCAUGACCAUGUGACGCUACAAAACAAUGUGUUUUUUUUCUUAUGUUGUGUGAAUAUUUCUAUUUAGGCAAAUUUGUUCAACUCGAAUGAUCUUCUAUUACAGGAUUUGUAAGUUAAUUUGCUUGCAAUUAGCUUA